AGAAAAAUAGGUUGGCUACUCUGAUAUUCAUGUAGGGGUUAGGUUGCCCUGUGUAGCUAAGUUUGUCGAUACGAGAAUUUAAUAUUGUACUAACCAGGAAUAAUUAACGCUCAUAAUGUCAUCAGUACUGAAGAACGGAUUUGAAUGCAAAGUGAGCUCCGUAUUCAAUAGAGACAAUCAGCAAUUCGGGAAGAAAUACAUGUUUGAUGGUUCUGAUGAGACAUGCUGGAACUCUGCCCAGGGAUCUCCCCAGUUUGUCUCACUGCAACUUCCUCAAGAGGUUACAAUUGAGAGGAUUGUCAUUCAGUUUCAAGGUGGGUUUGUUGGGCAAGAUUGCAUGUUUUCUUCAACACGUGAAAAUGGAGAAAAAAAUGACGAUGUUCCAUUCUACCCGGAAGAUGUAAACACACUACAAGUAUUUAAGCUACCUUCAGGCGUAAUAGCCAAGAAAUUUUCAGUUAUAUUCAACCGAAGCACAGAUUUCUUUGGGAGAAUAGUUAUUUACAAAUUGGAUGCCUUCUCGGGGUAAUAAAUUACAUGAAAAAACAAACUGG